UUCUCUAAAAAAAUAUGUAGUUACUUCGUGGUACAUACGUUACUCUAUGUAUGUACUCUUUUGGUUGCAAUUGUAAGGGGAUUGUUGAUAAAAUUGUUUAUUUGUGCUCUUUACAAAAUAUAAACAUCAUAUAUUUCAAAAUCUUCUGCAAUUUUAAACCUUUUCUUGGCACGAGAGUGAUAACAAAAUUAUUACUCACAAGAAAAGUGUUAUUAUCGUGACACUGCAUCUCUAAAAAUACUUCUAAAAAUGUCUGCUCUGCCACUAUCAUUCGCAAGUUGCAAUAAUUUGGAAAAAUUCACAUCGUUGUCAGAAUCACUAUCAUUAGCUGAAAAAGAAUGCAACAAAUUUAGAAUAAUAAAUACAACACAAUCCAACCUAAGGAGUAUUUCACAGGAACUAGACCCACGACAUCGUUCUAGAAUUAGUCAGAAAUGUAAACGAAAAAUGGACCAGUUUCGUGGUAAAGACAGUAUUUUUAAACGACCUGAGUGUCCUGCUCCAUCCCGUGCUAUUCCUAGAAGCAUUCCAGAUCACCAUAAAAAUCCUCAUAAGUGGACAAAGUAUAGCCUCGGCGAUGUUUCCAAUGCUGACAUGUCUGACAGGAGCAAUGCCCAAGCAGCGUUUUCCUUCCUAAAUGAUUUAAAGUCUCGAAAACAACUUACUUGCGGGUCCUCAGAAGAAGAGGAAUCAAUGCAAAUCGGUGAGCCAGUAUUAUUCAAGUCGAAAAAUAGAACUAAUUCUCAAAUUCAGUUCCGAAAACCAAAGAAUGAUACGACAGGAAAAAUAGCCGAUUCUUCAGACACACCAGAAAAUGAUAAAAAGGCAAUAUUCAGAAACAGUAAAGUUGUUAUGCCAGAAUAUAUAGUUGGUCAGAAGCCAAUAAAGAAGAUCCAUAAAAAGGACAAUUCAGAAGCUGACAAUCGUUCGAAGAAUGUUAAACUGGAUCAUUUACAAGAUGCUGAAGAAGAAGAAGAAGAGGAAAGUUAAGAUUAAAAUAUGGUAAAACAAGAGAUUAUAGUUUUUUAUUCAUUUUCGGGGUCACGUGAACCUGUAAAGCAUUCCACAGGUUCCUAAUAUCGACCAGAUUAAAUUAAUUACAGUAUUGUGUAAAAUGCUGAACAAAAAUAAACGAAAUAAUAUGUUAAAAUAGAA